AUGGCAUGCCUGUGCUGGACCUUUGGUUUCUUUGCCACCUGUUGGAAGUCUUGUGUGGUUUACUUUCCUCAAGGACACGGCGAGCAAGUUGCAGCUUCCAUGCAAAAGCAGACCGACUUCAUACCUAGUUAUCCUAACCUUCCAUCCAAGUUGAUUUGCAUGCUUCGCAAUGUUGCCUUGCAUGCUGAUCCUGAAACUGGCGAAGUCUAUGCACAGAUGACUCUUCAACCUGUAACCAAAUAUGACAAUGAGGCAAUACUGGCAUCAGACUUUGGCCUCAAACAAAACCGUCAACCGACCAAAUUCUUUUGCAAGUCUCUAACAGCUAGUGACACAAGGACUCAUGGUGGAUUUUCUGUUCUUCGUAGAGUAGCUGAGAAAAUAUUCCCACCUUUGGUAUGUAUACAAUAUUAUCGUUUUUCUGGAUUCAUGUUAGCAAAAUUUGGUUGA